CAAAUUUAAAGCAUGAAAGAUAAAAAUGGCUAUCAUAAUAAUUUCAUAUAAAUAGAUCCCCAAAAAUAAGUAGUACCCAAGUUGUCUGUUGUCAAUUAUUUCAAUUGGUAGAGCUAAAAAUUCCAGCCAACCAACCGAAAUCUUAAGUUUUGUUUCCAGUUUCAGGAUUAUCAUCACUUGACUUUAUAACUAACAAAGUAGAAGUUGACUGUUAUAUGUUUAAUUGUGUUCAACAGGUACCAUAAAAUCCCAUAAAUUAUUUCAUUAAUUAAAUUAACCUAAAAAUAAGGCUUCCAUACAAGAGUCUCAACUUCUUUAUUUAUAUCUUGUAUUAGUUUCAAAUAUCUCUCUCCCUCUUCCUUUGUAACUUAUCACAUAGCCAGCAAUAUCCACCUUUUUAUUUUCAGUAUUUUCUUUUCAAAUUUUGAUUUUUUCCAGGACCCUUUUGUCAGAUUCCAAGCAUAGACAUGGGACUUAGGGAUCUUCAUCUCAAACUUAAGGCAUUUAGGCUGCGGCGGUUUGUGAUAGGUGGUGGGAGCAAGAAUAGAGAUGGUGAGAUAAAGAAGAAGCCUGGUUGGAUGGUGCCAAUCUCUCAUGGAUAUCAUGUUGUUGAAGAAGACUCAGUUAGAGGUGGGGGUUCGUAUGACUCUGAUUCUGACUUGGUUGUGGUACAAAGAGAGCAAAUUGAAGAGAUUGAGUUGUGGUUUUUUGGAGUUUUUGAUUGUCAGAUUGGUGAUGGAGUUACCAAAUAUAUGCAGUCCCAUUUCUUUGAUAGAAAUCUAAAAGAGUCUCAGAUCAGGAGAAAGAGCAAAGAAACAAUGCGAAAGGCUUAUCUCGGAGCAAGGGCAAGAGUGAGAGAGGCACAGAAAGAAGAUGAGGCAUGGAGAGUGGGUUCAGCUUCUGUGAUGGUGAUUAAUGGAGAAAAACUUGUCAUAGCUAACAUGGGUGACUAUAGAGCUGUGGUUUGCAGAGAUGGUGUGGCUUAUCAGAUCAGUAGCGGACUUCAACAAACUGCCAAAAGACAUUGGACUCGAAGAUUUUUUUCUGUACGCAUACUAGCGUGCGACGCAGGCAAUGCAACGAGGGUUAAGCACUCAAAAGGUGCAGAACUUUCAGUUGGGGCUGAAAAGAUUGAUUCUUAUACUGAAUUUGCGCUCAUAGCAAGCACUGGCAUAUGGGAGGUGAUGAAAAAUCAAGAAGCUGUGAGUCUUAUAAGGCACAUAGAGGAUCCGCAAGAAGCUGCUGAGUGCUUGGCAAAGGAGGCAUUAACUAGAAUGAGCAGAAGUAACAUUUCUUGUCUAGUUAUCCGCUUUGAUUAGUAGAAGAUUUCGGCAGCUUAUUCUCUUGUAUGGGCAAAAAUAGAUUAUGGAAUAACUAGAAUCAACAUGUAAUGUGAGAUGAUGUUGAAAAAGGCAACGAAAAUGCCCCAAACAAAUAUUUGAUGGGUCAAUUUUGGUUUAA